AUGGGCCCACCAAACGAUGUUUCCUCGGGAAAGACAUCCAAGUGUCGGAAAUGCACUGGGAUUGACCACAACAGGGCCACAUGCAGCAAACACAGCGCCAGCGAAGAGGCUGCUCAACCUGCACUGCCGGCUGGUUCGUCGUACGACGGCUUUCAUCGAGUUGCCGUGUAUGCGCCUAUGAACAUGGCAGACAUUCUCCACGAGAAUUCGAGUGAUCACGAUCAACCUGAAGUCACCAGUAACUCGACUGACGAACAAUCCUCAUUACGUGCAGCACAAUAA